AUGACUGGAGAACUCCGCUGCGUCAAAGAAAAGAAAAUAAAAGACCAUGACAAUUAUGGAAUCUUAACGAAGCUGUAUAGGAACACACUUGGUGAUGGCGAUAUGAAUAAAGAUGUGCAUAAAAAAAACAUCGAUUUCCUGCAAGGGUUUUCAAAAUAUAGAGAAGAAGCACAACGUCAGAUUAAAGAUGCCAUCGACCGAUUAAACACAUUUGCACAUACCAUUCUAUCAACAAGAGAAGCCGCUUCACGUUUGGACGCUGCACGAAUACAACCACUGAAUAUACAUUUAGAUGAUUUGAAGAAUACUAUCAAGGAGUUAGAAAAAUACCACAAACAUUUCGAUCGGAAGCUAAUCGAAUCCAGUCAAGUAUAA